AUGUCAGAUACCAGCGGACAUUCAAGUGAGUUUGAAGACGAGUUUGAAGAUAGCCAGGACGAGUAUGUGGAAGAAAAGCCGGUGCGAAAGCCCAUACGGUUUGAUAAAGGCAAGAACGUGACGCGCAAACGAGUGAUGAGCGAUGCUGAAGAAAUUGAAGAACCUGAAAAUACUGAGGAUCUAAAAAAAGGUGGUAACGAAAAAGCAGAAGAUGCCGAUAACAGUGACUCUUCAAUAGAAGAAGUUAACAAAUCAGAACCCAAAAAAAAACGCCCAAAGAAAACACCCAAAGAAAUUCCUCGGGGAACCCUUAAGGCUGUUAAGACACGAGUUCCAGUACGCGAACACAAUAUGAAGUGGCCCAUAGUUUCAGCGUACGGAUUAUCUCAAAUUUUAUCUAUUUUUGAAAGCGAAGCAAUAGCGUGUUUAUCAGAUUUACAAGCUCAAAAUUCAUCUAAAAAGUUGUCAAAAAAGCAGCAGGCUGAAGAAGAUGCGCAGAUUGCGGACUUUCAAGAAGCUCAGGCAGAGCUUGUGAAACAAAUGACUAAAGAAUUGCGAAGAUUACCUGUACCCCCUUCAACGCGUGAUACCCACUACUCGUUGGACGCGCUGGCGCGCCAAAACGAGCAACUGGAGGCUGCUGCGGCGGCAAUGGACAAACAGGUUGCUGAUCUAGAAGCAGAGAUUGCGCAGGAAGAAGCUGAGCUUGCACGCGACGAAGCAUAUUUGCGUGAGCUUGUAUCCAACUCACGGAGUCAGAUACGUGCACGACGAGCGCUGGUGCGCAAACAAAUGACAACAUCAGCGGCAAGCCGUGGAGGGGUGAAUUUUCUGGAAGGAAUUGAGGUUAGAGGGGAUAUAGAUGACAAUGGUGGGGGUGGACCGGCGGCACACUACGUGGACCUUUUGGGCGGGGCUUUGGUGGUGGACGAUUCUGUGGAUGGGCUCAACAUUGUAGGAUCGAGCGAUGAUGAUGACGAGCGUGACUCGGAUGAAGAAGUGUCAUUUGUGGAUUCCGACGAAGAAGAUGGAGCUAUUGGACUCGACGACGAAGAUGACGAGCUGCGGGUGUUUCAAGAUCGUGGAAUGACACAUACUCAGCUAGACCGGAUCCGCGAAGAAUUGCGUCGAGGUUAUGGUAUGAGUGGUGAGGACAGCAGUGACGAUGGCGAAGAAGAUAAGGAGAUGGCAGAAAUGCUGGCCCGUUUGGAACAAAACUUAGGGGAAAUUUCCCAAAAUGCCUCUUCUGUGGCUUCAUUACUUAAUGAGGUGACUUUGUGCCACUCAGAGCUGGCGAUGCUGCAGCGGGACUCGGGUCAAGACCCGGAUGAAUGA